AUGGCGUUUUAUGACGUGUAUAGUCACCCUGCUUUAGUGCGCUACAGGAGCAGCGUGUGCGCGAAAGCCACGCUGUUUGCGCUCAUCUGCACCUGCCUGACCUACAUCCCUCCUCUGCUAGUGGCCUACAGGAGCCAGGGGUUCUGGCUGAAGCUGAGCUCGUAUGAGGAGCAGCCUGUGGUGCGGUUCAAGUAUGAGCUGAUGCUGAUGGCCUGCACCAGCGCUCAGGGAGACUACGUGGGCUGGAGCACAUAUCUACACUACAACCAUCUGCUGGGGCCUCGACUGCGCAUCCCUUCAGUGACGGUGAGGGAGCAGGAUCAAAACCAGGAUGGAAAACUGGAUGUUCUGCAGUUUGAGAUGCAGCUGCCCCUGAGGCCAGAAGAGCAGAUCUACAGCCUGCAGCUGCUGCUUACAUUCAGCUACCAGCUCUUUCGCAUGUCGACUGUGGCCAUGCAGAGUCUGGUCUAUGUUCACAGCUCAUCUGCAGUCCCUGGGGCCCGCCUUUUCCUCAGUGGAGACCUGAGGCUGCAGCAGAGAGCCCCCCUGCCCCACCGUGGCCUCCACAACGUCUACAAUGUCUCAGUGAUUGACAGCUCCAGCCCAUUUGCCAGUGACUAUGAGUUUGGGAAAAUCCUCCGAAAAUACCAGCAGAGAAAUCUGACCACAGUCCUGGCCUCUCCCUUGAUUGUGUGGACAACAGGACGAGGGUCCAGUGCCCCUUUUGAGCUCAGCGCAGAGAUCUACUACUCUACAGAGACCGUUUCAUACCGGCCCGGCUUCUGGGAGACCAUCAAGUUUGCCUGGAUCCAGUAUGUGAGCGUGUUGCUGAUCUUCCUCUGGGUGUUCCGCCGCAUUCAGACAUUUGUGUUUGAGAAGCAGCUGCUGACCACUGUGCCUACAAGACCGAUCCAACACUACAAGAUGCACUGA